CCGUCUGUACACAAGUCUGCAUCCCGGGGUGUCAGUGUAACGCUGGAUUCGCAAUGCAAGAUGGGAGGUGUAUUCCCAGGAGUCAGUGCGAGGGCGGCGGAGAUUAUUUAGAUUGUAACGAACCUGACGUAUUUUGGUGUGAUAACGGCAUGUGCGUGCACCAGAACCGAACCUGUAACGAUGAAGACAACUGUGGGGACAGGAGCGACGAAAGAGGCUGUCCUACAGGAGCCUGCAAGAGUUCUCCCUGUAUGAACGGUGCAAGUUGCUGUGACUUGGGUGAUGAUGAAUUCUCGUGUCUGUGCCGCCUGGGAUACCACGGCGAGACAUGUGAGAACUUCACCGAUCCUUGUGCAUCAGAAUCCCGCUGUGAAAACGGAGGCACAUGUAUGCGAUGGGAGAUGGGAGGCGACACUCCUCCGGAGUACUCCUGUCAGUGUCCUCCACAUUUCACAGGUGUGACAUGUGAGAUCCCAUUACCAACUGUCUGCGAUGAGAACACGUGUGAGAAUGGCGGGAGGUGUGAGACAAUACCCAUGCCAUGUAUGGAAGGUUCAGGGGACUGCCCGGAAUUCCGUUGCGUCUGCCCGGCAGGUGUGACCGGCUACCGCUGCGAGUUCGCCCUCGGUAUGUGCGAGGAGGACUCUUGCUUCAACGACGGCGAAUGCAAGCAAGUCCCGUGUAAAGACUACUACAGCUGUGAAUGCCGGAAUGGCACUGCAGGGGCAAGAUGUCAGUCAACUGGCAUUAUUGAUUGUUCCGAACCAGAGGUAUUUUGGUGUGAUAACGGCAUGUGCGUGCACCAGAACAGAACCUGUAACGAUGAAGACAACUGCGGGGACAGGAGCGACGAAAGAGGCUGUCCCACAGGAGCCUGCAAGAGUUCCCCCUGUAUGAACGGUGCAAGUUGCUGUGACUUGGGUGAUGAUGAAUUCUCGUGUCUGUGCCGCCUGGGAUACCACGGUGAGACAUGUGGGAACUUCACCGAUCCUUGUGCAUCACCAGACAACAACAACCCCUGUGCUAACGGCGGCACAUGUAUGUCCAUGGACGUGGGAGAUGAGGACGGAGACAGCGUCCGUUCAGAGUACUCCUGCCAGUGUCCUCCAGGUUUCACUGGUAUGACAUGUGAGAUCCCGUUACCAACUGUCUGCGAUGAGAACACGUGUAAGAACGGCGGGAGGUGUGUGACAGCAGCCUGCUCGGAAGGUUCAGAAGACUGCGACCCGGAAUUCCGUUGCGUCUGCCCGCCAGGUGUGACCGGUUACCGCUGCGAGUUCGUCCUCGGUAUUUGCGAGGAGGACUCUUGCUUCAACGACGGCGAAUGCAUGCAAGUCCCAUGUAAAGACUACUACAGCUGCGAAUGCCGGAAUGGUUUCAAUGGGCCUCGAUGUGCAAUGGGGGAAUCAGAUGCUGCAUUUGCGGUAAUACGGCUUGUUGGAGGAGCGACGGAAUUCGAGGGUCGUGUGGAGGUCCGAAAUAGAACCGGUAACGGAGAAUGGGGCACGAUCUGCGACGACGACUUUGACAUCAACGCCGCUAAUGUCGUCUGCAAACAACUCGGAUAUGGUCCUGCACUGGAAUAUACGGAUUCGUACGUCUUUGGGGAGGGCAGCGGGCCUAUUUGGUUAGACGAUGUGCGGUGUGCGGGAGAUGAGGAGAGUUUACUGGACUGUCCAUCCGGCGACUGGGGAGAACACAACUGCGACCACUAUGAAGACGUGGGGGUCAUCUGUUCAGAUACAACUAGCAACGCGUCCUUGGAGAUACGUCUUGUCGGAGGAACCAACCCGGCACAGGGCCGUGUAGAGAUCCGGCGAGGUAACGGAGAAUGGGGCACAGUCUGCGAUGACAGCUUUGACAUCGACGAUGCACAUGUCGUCUGCAGGCAACUCGGAUAUGGACUCGCAACGUCGUACGAAGGGUCUGCGUAUUUUGGAUACGGCAGUGGUCCCAUAUGGUUAGACGAAGUUGGGUGUGAGGGAGAUGAGGGAAAUCUACUGGACUGUCCAUCAAAUGGAUGGGGCGACCACAACUGUGGCCACUCUGAAGAUGUUAGCGUCUUCUGCUCAGUUUUAUCUUCAUGUGAGCCAGUACCAUGGGACCUCUGCACCUAUUUCAUGGGUUAUAACUCCACUGGAUUCCCCAACUCGUUUGACCAUACCUCCCAGCUGGACAUAGUACUAUCAGCCGAGUAUCAAGAAUUCACCGCCGUGUUGGCAAACAUCUCUAUUUGCUAUCCGAACAUUUACGAGGUUUACUGCCAAACGUUCCUGCCCAAAUGUGAAGAUCGUUCUACGGUUUUCCUGUGUAGAAGUGUCUGUGAGGAGGUAAACGCAGCAUGCGGCCCACGAGGAGUCUCUCUGCCGUUUUCAUGCGACGUUUUUCCUGCUGACGGAACCCAGAAGUGCCUGACAUUAGCUUCAUCUUCUUCAUCUUCAUGUGAGCCAGUACCAUGGGAGUUCUGCAGUUCUUUCAUAGAUUAUAACCACACUGGAUUCCCCAACUCGUUUGAUCAUGCCUCCCAGCUGGACCUAGCAUUAUCAGCCGAGUAUCAAGAAUUCACCACCCUUUUGGCAAACCUCUCUAUUUGCUACCCGAACAUUUACCAGGUUUACUGUCCAGUGUUCCUACCCAAAUGUGAAAAUGGCUCUAAGGUUUUCCUGUGUAGAAGUGUCUGUGAGGAGGUAAAUGCAGCAUGCGCCCCGCGAGGAGUGUCUCUGCCGUUUUCAUGCGACGCUUUUCCUGCUGAUGGAACUCAGGAGUGUCUGACCAUAGCAUCAUCAACAUGUGACCCAAUCCCAUGGGAAUUCUGCUCUUCCUACAUUGACUAUGACUACACUGGAUUCCCCAACGCUUUUAACCAUACGUCUCAGGUUGACGUCUCAAUAUCACCCGAGUUCCAAGGUUUCAACGCCCUGGUACCAAACAUCUCUAUGUGCUACACGAACAUUUACCAGCUUUACUGCUCAAUGUUUCUGCCCAAAUGUGAAAAUGGCUCUAGGGUUUUCCUGUGUAGAAGUGUCUGUGAGGAGGUAAACGCAGCAUGCGGCCCGCGAGGAGUGUCUCUACCGUUUUCAUGCGACGUCUUUCCUGCUGAUGGAACCCAGGAGUGUCUGACAUUAGCUUCAUCUUCUUCAUCUUCAUGUGAGCCAGUACCAUGGGAGUUCUGCAGUUCUUUCAUAGAUUAUAACCACACUGGAUUCCCCAACUCGUUUGAUCAUGCCUCCCAGCUGGACCUAGCAUUAUCAGCCGAGUAUCAAGAAUUCACCACCCUUUUGGCAAACCUCUCUAUUUGCUACCCGAACAUUUACCAGGUUUACUGUCCAGUGUUCCUACCCAAAUGUGAAAAUGGCUCUAAGGUUUUCCUGUGUAGAAGUGUCUGUGAGGAGGUAAAUGCAGCAUGCGCCCCGCGAGGAGUGUCUCUGCCGUUUUCAUGCGACGCUUUUCCUGCUGAUGGAACUCAGGAGUGUCUGACCAUAGAUGCACCGACGUGUCAGCCAAUACCUUACGACCGUUGUAGGAACAUGCUCUACUCGGAAACGUCGUUCACUCCUGGAGUGCCGGUUGAAGCUGCAAUUGCAGGUGCAGAGUCGUUCUUCGCAACAUCGGACAGCAUUGCUGGUUGCCAUACGGACUUAGAGGCGUUCGUGUGCUCAUACCUGUUUCCACCGUGCACGUCUAGUGGAACUAGAUACCCCUGUGCCUCCCUCUGCAACGAGGUAAAUGACGCUUGUAAGGACGCAGCCAACGCAAGCGGAGUUGCCUAUGACCCAGGUCUUUGUGACAGACUGCCACCAGGCAGCUAUGAUGAGGACUGCUUUGUACCUCAAGGAAGGUCAGAGUGCGACCCAAUACCUUUCGGCCGCUGUCAAAACAUGCCCUACGCCGACACGUCCUUCCCGAACUGGUUAGGGUGGCAGGGACCAACAGAUGCCAUCGGAAACGCAACAGCGAUAUUUGCAGCCCUUGACCAGAUUUCUGAUUGCCACAAGGACUUGGAGUUCUUUUUGUGUUCACUGUAUUUCCCAUCGUGCACUUCGACAGGAGUCAAAUUCCCAUGCCGAUCUCUCUGCGAUGAGAUCAAUAACGCAUGUGCACUACGCGCCCUUGCCAUUGGCAUUCCAUGGGACACCGCCGGCUGUGUUACCCUGCCAGUUAGCAGCUAUCAGGAAGGAUGCAUCGCUCCUAAAUCAACGUGCGAUGGCUGGCCGUACGAAUGUUACGGAUCUCCAGGAAGCUGUGUGGGUGCUUGGGAGUUCUGCGAUGGAAACGGCUUCUGUCCCUACAAUGACGACGAAUUAGCCUGCAGCAACUACACCUGCAUGCCUAUUGAACUCGAGUACUGCCAAGGCGAGGUUCCUUACGACAGAACGAUUCUCCCCAACUACUUUGGACAAGAGAGCACAAUGAUGAUUGAAGAGUCCGACAUACACAGGAAUGUGUCUCUUCUGGCUGAUACGUCUUGCCAUGAAUACGUCAAAUACGUCUACUGUCAUAUGGUGGUUCCUGAGUGUGUUAUGGACGGUGUACGAGGCCAGCCCCUAUGUCGCAGCCUGUGUGAGGAGAUCAGACAGACUUGUGCAGAGGAGAUAAAGGAGAUUGGGUUCCAGUUUGAGAAGAGCACCUGUGAUCUGAUCUUUCCGGACUCUGUCCAGAAUGAUACAUGCAAGCUAGCAAAAGAAUUUAACUGUACAUUUGACGAUGAUACGUGUGAAUGGAUGGCUGGCAACAACAGCCAGGCCGUAAUGCUUCAACCAGCAUCGGAAUCUAACUCUGGCAAAUAUGCAUCACUGAAUGGAGCCUCGGCAAAACUAACAAGUCCAACGAUGUACACGGACAACAAAUGCCUGAGGAUGAGGUAUCUCGUGAGAGGUGACGGCAGCAGGUUAACAGUGUACGUGACGGGACCGGACGGCAAUAGCUUCAGCACCUGGCGGCAGUCAUCUACUUAUGUACGGGUAGGGCGGGAAGAGGAGGAGGAGGAGGAAGACGACGAGGACGAGGAGGAAGAGGAGGAAUGGCAAUCCAUCAAUCUGAAUAUAAACAAAGGGUGGCCUUGGUUUAAGGUGUCUCUGGACGCGUAUGUAGCCGCCGACGGAGAGGUAGGGGUGGACGAUGUUACUCUCUCCGACGGAUCAUGUAAAACAGAAGAAGCAGUUUCUCCCGGAUGCGAGCCAAUGAAGUUCGAAAGUUGCCUGGACAUGCCUUACAAUUUCACCACCUAUCCGAAUGCUCUCGGCUGGGACAGAGAUCUCGCCCUUUCCCUCGGCCCUCACACCUUCCAGGCGUUUGGCCAGAUCGCGGACUGCCAUCGUGAUCUGCAGUUCUACCUCUGCUCCUUCAUCUUCCCUGAAUGUACACCGUUUGGAAUGAGGCUUCCAUGUCGCUCUUUCUGUGAGAGUGUCAGUGAGGCUUGCGCAGCAAGAGCGAAUGCCGCCGGCCUGACAUGGGACCCCAAUGGCUGCCAAAGCUUACCGGAUGAUGAGCCGUACUGUUCUGUACCAAAAGUACAAUGUGAGCCCAUCAACAUCGGAAUGUGCAGAAAUGUUGUGCCAUACAACACCACAGCGUUCCCCAACCUGCUGGGCCAUGUUUCCCAGCAGUCUUUCCUUACUGACCAGGACAGUGUCAACGUAAUCACCGCUCUGAUGAACAGCGGCUGUCAUCCCGAUGUAGAAUUCGCCGUCUGCUCUGCACUGGUGCCAAACUGUAUCGACUCAAUGCUGAUAACUCCUUGUAGGGACUUCUGCAAUGAUAUCAGGGCAAGUUGCGAACAGGUCCUGGUGGACAUGGGACAGCCCUGGCCAUUCAACUGUAACAGUUUUAAUGCUCGAACCCGAUGUAUCUCACCGUAUCCAGUGGUGGUCUUCACCGAGCUGACGUUACCUGAUGAAGUUUUCACUGAAGAGCUCAAUAACAUGAACAGUUCGCGGUACCGUAUGCUGGCCGGGACUUUGAAAAGAGAGGUAUCCAAAGCCUUGAAAGGCAUUCCGAGCUUCCGACAGGCAACUGUAGAGAGUUUUCGCUCGGGAAGCGUGAUUGCCAAUCUUGGAAUUGAGUUUGAGAACACCGGACAACCUGGGGUUUCAAAUGAGACUGUGGUAGGAACUCUCCGGCAGUACAUUAACGAAACUGGAGGACGUCUUGGUAACCUGAGUGUGAGCCAAGUGGACGUCGCUGUACCAAAAGUGGAGAUUCGUCUUGUUGGAGGAAGCAACCCUUACGAGGGCCGUGUAGAGAUCCGACUAGGUAACGGAGAAUGGGGCACAAUCUGCGAUGACAGUUUUGAUAUCAACGAUGCAAAUGUAGUCUGCAGAAAACUCGGAUAUGGAUUCGCAACGUCAUACGAAGGGUCUGCGUAUUUCGGUCCGGGCAACGGGUCUAUUUGGUUAGACGAUGUUGAGUGUGAGGGAGAUGAGGAAAAUCUACUGGACUGUUCAUCCUCUGGAUGGGGCCAACACAACUGCGGCCACUACGAAGACGUUGGAGUCGUCUGCGCAGUACAAUGUGAGCCCAUCAUCAUCGGAAUGUGCAGAAAUGUUGUGCCAUACAACCUCACGGCGUUCCCCAACCUGCUGGGCCAUGUUUCCCAGCAGUCUUUCCUCACCACCCCGGAAAGUGUCAGCGUAAUCACCGCUCUGAUGAACAGCGGCUGUCAUCCUGAUGUAGAAUUCGCCGUCUGCUCUGCACUGGUGCCAAACUGUAUCGACUCGGUGCAGAGACCACCUUGUAGGGACUUCUGCGAUGAUGUUAGGGCAAGUUGCGAACAGGUCCUGUUGGACAUGGGACAGCCCUGGCCAAUAGACUGUAACAGUUUAAAUACCCGAACUCAAUGCACCACACCUUAUGCAGCGGAGAUACGUCUUGUCGGAGGGACCAACCCGAACAAGGGUCGUGUAGAGAUCCGGCGAGGUAACGGAGAAUGGGGCACAAUCUGCGAUGACAGCUUUGACAUCAACGAUGCAAAUGUCGUCUGCAGGCAACUCGGAUAUGGACUCGCAGCAUCAUACGAGGGCGAUGCUUUUUUCGGUCCGGGUAACGGAUCUAUUUGGUUAGACGAUGUUGAGUGUGAGGGAGAUGAGGAAAAUCUACUGGACUGUUCAUCAAAUGGAUGGGGUCAACACAACUGCGGCCACUAUGAAGACGUCGGAGUCGUCUGCACUGUACAAUGUGAGCCCAUCAACAUCGGGAUGUGCAGAAAUGUUGUGCCAUACAACACCACAGCGUUCCCCAACCUGCUGGGUCAUGCUUCCCAGCAGUCUUUCCUUACUGACCAGGACAGUGCCAACGUAAUCACCACUCUGAUGAACAGCGGCUGUCAUCCUGAUGUAGAAUUCGCCGUCUGCUCUGCACUGGUGCCAAACUGUAUCGACUCGGUGCAGAUAACUCCCUGUAGAGAUUUCUGCACUGAUAUCAGGGCAAGUUGCGAACAGGUCCUGGUGGACAGGGGACAGCCCUGGCCGUUCGACUGUAACAGUUUUAAUACCCGAACUCAAUGUAUCACACCUUAUCCAGUGAUCAUCUCUACUGAAUUGACGUUACCUGAUGAAGUUUUUAGUGAGGACCUCAAUGAUAUGAACAGCUCUCGGUACCGGAUGCUGGCAGGGACUUUGGAAAGAGAGGCAUCCAGAGCCUUUCAAGCCAUUCCCAGCUUUCAACAAGCAACUGUUGAUAGCUUUCGCUCGGGGAGCGUCAUCGCCACUCUUGGCCUCCAGUUUCAAAACACCGGACAAGCUUUAGCUUCUGAUGAGGCUGUGGUAGCAACUUUCCGGCAGUACAUCAGCGACAAUGGAGGACGUCUUGGUAACCUACGUGUUAGCCAAGUGGAAGUCGUUGACGUUGUGACUCCAGCGGUAAUACGGCUUGUUGGAGGAGCUACGGAAUACGAGGGUCGUGUGGAGGUCCGGAAUGGUGACGGAGAAUGGGGCACGAUCUGCGACGACUACUUUGACAUCAGCACAGCAAACGUCGUCUGCAGGCAACUCGGAUUUGGCUAUGCUCUCGAAUAUACGGAAUCAGAGGUUUUUGGGGAGGGCAGCGGUCCUAUUUGGUUAGACGAUGUGCGGUGUGCGGGAGAUGAGGAGAGUUUACUGGACUGUCCAUCCGGCGACUGGGGGGAACACAACUGCGACCACGAUGAAGAUGUUGGGGUCAUCUGUUCAAAUACAACAGGCAACGUGUCUUUGGAGAUACGUCUUGUCGGAGGAACUAACCAGAAUGAGGGCCGUGUAGAGAUCCGGCUGGGAAACGGAGAAUGGGGCACAAUCUGCGAUGACAGCUUUGACAUCAACGAUGCACAUGUUGUCUGCAAGCAACUCGGAUAUGGACUCGCAGAAUCAUACAGAGAUUAUGCGUAUUUCGGUCCGGGUAACGGUUCUAUUUGGCUAGACGAUGUUGAGUGUGAGGGAGAUGAGGAAAAUCUACUGGACUGUUCAUCCUCCGAAUGGGGCCAACACAACUGCGGCCACUCUGAAGACGUUGGAGUCGUCUGCACUGGAAGGUCAGAGUGCGACCCAAUACCUUUCGGCCGCUGUCAAAACCUGCCCUACUCCGGCACGUCUUUUCCGAACUGGUUAGGGUGGCAGGGACCAACAGAUGCCAUCGGAAACGCAACAGCGAUAUUUGCAGCCCUUGACCAGAUUUCUGAUUGCCACAAGGACUUGGAGUUCUUUUUGUGUUCACUGUAUUUCCCGUCGUGCACGUCGACAGGAAUCAAAUUCCCAUGCCGAUCUCUCUGCGAUGAGAUCAAUAACGCAUGUGCACUACGCGCCCUUGCCGUUGGCAUUCCAUGGGACACCGCCGGCUGUGUCACCCUGCCAGUUAGCAGCUACCAAGAAGGGUGCAUCGCUCCUAAAGCGACGUGCGAUGGUGCGUACGAAUGUUACGGAUCUCCAGGAAGCUGUGUGGGUGCUUGGGAGUUCUGUGAUGGAAACGGCCUCUGUCCCUACAAUGACGACGAAUAUUACUGCAGCAACUACACCUGCAUGCCCAUUGAACUCGAGUACUGCCAAGGAGAAGUUCCAUAUAACAGAUCGACUCUCCCCAACUACUUUGGACAAGAGAGCACAAUGAUGAUUGAAGAGUCCGACAUACACAGGAAUGUGUCUCUUCUGGCUGAUACGUCUUGCCAUGAAUACGUCAAAUACGUCUACUGUCAUAUGGCGGUUCCUGAGUGUGUUACGGACGGUGUACGAGGCCAGCCUCUGUGUCGCUCCCUGUGUGAGGAGAUCAGACAGACUUGUGCAGAGGAGAUAAAGGAGAUUGGGGUCCAGUUUGAUAAGAGCUCCUGUGACAUGAUCUUUCCGGACUCUGUCCAGAAUGAUACAUGCAAGCUAGCAAAAGAAUUCAACUGUACAUUUGACGUUGAUACGUGUGAAUGGAUGGCUGGCAACAGCAGCCAAGCCGUCAGGCUUCAACCAGCAUCGGAAUCUGACUCAGGAAAAUAUGCAUCACUGAAUGGAGCCUCAUCAAAACUAACAAGUCCAACUAUGUACACGGACAACAAAUGCCUGAGGAUGAGGUAUCUCGUGAGAGGUGACGGCAGCAGGUUAACAGUGUACGUGACGGGACCGGACGGCAAUAGCUUCAGCACCUGGCGGGAAUCAUCUACUUAUGUUCGGGAAGAAGAGGAGGCAUGGUCAUCCAUCAAUCUGAACAUAAACAAAGGGUGGCCUUGGUUUAAGGUGUCUCUGGACGCGUAUGUGGCCGACGAUGGAGAGGUAGGAGUGGACGAUGUUACUCUCUCUGACGGAUCAUGUGCAGGAGAAGAAGCAGUUUCUCCUGGAUGCGAGCCAAUGAAGUUCGAACGUUGCCUGGACAUGCCUUACAAUUUCACCACCUAUCCGAAUGCGCUCGGCUGGGACAGAGAUCUCGCUCUUCAUCUAAGUCCCCACAGCUUCCAGGCGUUUGACCAGAUCGCGGACUGCCAUCGUGAUCUACAGUUCUACCUCUGCUCCUUCAUCUUCCCUGAAUGCACACCGUUAGGAAUGAGACUCCCAUGUCGCUCUUUCUGUGAGAGUGUCGGUGAGGCUUGUGCAGCAAGAGCGAAUGCCGCCGGCCUGACAUGGGACCCCAAUGGCUGCCAAAGCUUAUCAGAUGAUGAGCCGUACUGUUCUGUACCAAAAGAAGUGCCAGAUUGCGACCCAAUACCUUUCGGCCGAUGUCAAAACAUGCCAUACGCCGACACGUCCUUCCCGAACUGGUUAGGGUGGCAGGGACCAACAGACGCCAUCGGAAACGCAACAGCGAUAUUUGCAGCCCUUGACCAGAUUUCUGAUUGCCACAAGGACUUGGACUUCUUUUUGUGCUCACUGUACUUCCCGUCGUGCACGUCGACAGGAAUCAAAUUCCCAUGUCGUUCUCUCUGCGAUGAGAUCAAUAACGCAUGUGCACUACGCGCCCUUGCUAUUGGUAUUCCAUGGGACACCGCCGGCUGUGUCACCCUGCCAGAAAGCAGCUACCUAGAAGGGUGCAUCGCUCCUAAAGCGACAUGCGAUGGUGCGUACGAAUGUUACGGAUCUCCUGGAAGCUGUGUGGGUGCUUGGGAGUUCUGUGAUGGAAACGGCUUCUGUCCCUACAAUGACGACGAAUUUGCCUGCAGCAACUACACCUGCAUGCCCAUUGAACUCGAGUACUGCCAAGGCGAGGUUCCCUACGACAGAACGAUUCUUCCCAACUACUUUGGACAAGAGAACACAAUGAUGAUUGAAGAGUCCGACAUACACAGAAAUGUGUCUCUCCUGGCUGAUACGUCUUGCCAUGAAUACGUCAAAUACGUCUACUGUCAUAUGGCGGUUCCUGAGUGUGUUAUGGACGGUGUACGAGGCCAGCCCCUGUGUCGCUCCCUGUGUGAGGAGAUCAGACAGACGUGUGCAGAGGAGAUAAAGGAGAUUGGGUUCCAGUUUGAGAAGAGCACCUGUGACAUGAUCUUCCCAGACUCUGUUCAGAAUGAUACAUGCCAACUAGCAAAAGAAUUCAACUGCACAUUUGACGAUGAUACGUGUGAAUGGAUGGCUGGCAACAGCAGCCAGGCUGUAAUGCUUCAACCAGCAUCGGAAUCUAACUCUGGCAAAUACGCAUCACUGAAUGGAGCCUCAUCAAAACUAACAAGUCCAACGAUGUACACGGACAACAAAUGCCUGAGGAUGAGGUAUCUCGUGAGAGGUGACGGCAGCAGGUUAACAGUGUACGUGACGGGACCGGACGGCAAUAGCUUCAGCACUUGGCGGCAGUCAUCUACUUAUGUACGGGAAGGGCAGGAAGAGGAGGAGGAGGACGACGACGAGGAUGAGGAGGAAGAGGAGGAAUGGUCAUCCAUCAAUCUGAACAUCAACAAAGGGUGGCCCUGGUUUAAGGUGUCUCUGGACGCGUAUGUCGCCGAGGGCGGAGAGGUAGGAGUGGACGAUGUUACUCUCUCCGACGGAUCAUGUGAAGCAGAAGAAGUUUCUUUUGGAUGCGAGCCAAUGAAGUUCGAACGUUGCCUGGACAUGCCUUACAAUUUCACCACCUAUCCGAAUGCGCUCGGCUGGGACAGAGAUCUCGCCCUUUCCCUCGGCCCUCACACCUUCCAGGCGUUUGACCAAAUCGCUGACUGCCAUCGUGAUCUGCAGUUCUACCUCUGCUCCUUCAUCUUCCCUGAAUGUACACCGUUUGGAAUGAGACUCCCAUGUCGCUCUUUCUGUGAGAGUGUCAGUGAGGCUUGCGCAGCAAGAGCGAAUGCCGCCGGCCUUACAUGGGACUCCAAUGGCUGCCAAAGUUUACCGGAUGAUGAGCCCUACUGUUCUGUACCAAAAGGAGAAGGUUGCCCAGAGGGACACUAUGAAUGCUAUGGUUCAGGACAGUGUGUUGGUCCAUGGCAGUUUUGCGACGGAAUGCCAGACUGUCCUUUUAACGAUGACGAAAGUGAAGUGGUCUGUGGAAGAUACGAGUGUAUGCCCAUGGACUUCGAGUACUGCCAGGAUGUAGUCAACUACACCAGGGCGUUCUUCCCCAACUACUACGGCCAGCAGAACGUGUCAGUGAUCGAACAAUCAGACAUUCACCAGAUAGCUGUCAGCUUUGCGAGCACCAACUGCCAUCCUGAUAGCAACUUAUUCUACUGCCACUUGGUAGUUCCAGAAUGUCAGGAAAAUGACGUCCGUGGCAAACCAGUAUGUCGCGCCGUGUGCGAGGAAGUGCGACAAGAGUGUUCAGACGAAGUCGACGCUUUGCAAGUUCCACUGACCAAAGAAUGGUGCUACGCAACGUUCCCUGACUCUGUUCACAAUGAUACUUGCAUACUCUUUAGAGGACUCAAUUGCACUUUCGACGACGACUUCUGCAACUGGGAUCAAGUUGUGCAAGGUAGUGAGCCUUGGACGCAAGUGAUGAGCUCUUCAAGACCAGGAAAACAUAUAACAUCUAGUGGUCCGUCGUCGCAACUGCUCGUCAGCCCAAGGAUCUAUACAGAUGACAAAUGCCUGAGGUUCUAUUAUAUGCUGACGGGAAGUGACACCAGGGUCCUUCUGAAAUUAAUGGGGCCGAACGGCGUGUCCUGGAACGCCUGGAAUACGACAACCUCUCGGUCUGUGAGCAACCAAUGGACCACUGCGAGCAUCGGUAUCAAGACGGGCCUGGAUUCGGUCCAGGUGUCAAUCCAGGCAUUUGCAGAUGGCGAUGGAAGUUUUAGUAUUGACAAUAUAACCCUGUCUGACGGUCCAUGUUCCAAAGAAGUCGAGUGUGAGCCUAUCAUGAUCGACGUAUGCCGAGGCGUGGUACCGUACACCGAGACACUAUUCCCCAAUCUACUGGGGCACAGUUCUCAGCAGGCCUUUUUAGAUGAUCCGAACAGUGUCAGUGUCAUCAACCAGUUGAUGAACAGCAACUGCCAUCCUAACAUUGGGUUUGCCGUGUGCUCUGCACUGGUGCCAAGAUGUGUGGACUCAAGACAGCUACCACCCUGUAGAGGAUUCUGCAACGAGAUCAGAGCGUCCUGCCAACCGGUGCUAGGGAUGGCCGGUCAGGAGUGGCCUUUUGAAUGUGAAGCAUUUCCGUUUGAGUUCCAGGGAGAGUGCUCUACACCAGCCCCAGCCCAAUGUGAGCCGAUUGAAAUUGGCAUGUGCAGAAAUGUUGUACCAUACAACACCACAACAUUCCCCAACCUGCUGGGCCAUGUUUCCCAGCAGUCUUUCCUCACCACCCCGGAAAGUGUCAGCGUAAUCACCGCUCUGAUGAACAGCGGCUGUCAUCCUGAUGUAGAAUUCGCCGUCUGCUCUGCACUGGUGCCAAACUGUGUCGACUCAAUGCAGAUACCACCCUGCCGAGACUUCUGCAAUGAAGUAAAGGACAGCUGUGAACAGUUACUCCUGGACAUUGGAGAGUCGUGGCCAUUCGAAUGUAACGAUUUUGCUCCUCGAGGCAGGUGCAUUUCACCUGAUCCAGUCGUGGUCUACGCCGCCUUGACGUUGCCUGAUGAAGAUUUCACUGAUGACCUUUACGACUCGAGCACUCCACGUUACAGAGUGCUGACAGCGACAUUGCAAAGAGAGAUACCUAAAGCCUUUGAGACCCCUGUAACCGUAACUGUGGCCAACCUUAGGCCAGGAAGUGUGAUUGCCACUGUUGGCAUGGGGUUCGAGAACACUGGCCAGGCCCCAGAAUCAGAUGAGGCCGCGAUAGCAACCCUCCAGCAGUAUGUCAGCGGGAAAAGGGGACGUCUUGGCAGCCUUACUGUGAGCCAGGUGGUCGGUGUACCUCCUGUUGAUGUAACUAGACCGUGCGACGAAAACCCGUGCGGAGACAACGGAGUAUGUGAGGAGGUAGAUGGAACGUUUGGGAUGGCAGCCUAUCGCUGCACUUGUCAAUACGGCUUCACCGGAUACAACUGUGAAAUACGUAUUGCUGGACGAUGCCACGAAAGUAUCCAGAGUGUCCUGAGUAAGCAGGAUGGUUCUCCUAUUGUCGGGGUCUUUUUACCGCAGUGCCGAGACGAUGGCAGUUACGAGAACCUGCAGUGCCAUCCCAGUACAGGGUACUGUUGGUGCGUCACCGCUGACGGGACUGAGGUCCCCGGUACCCAGACCCCGCCUGGACAAAACCGUACAGACUGCGUCGCCGCUAUGAGUGUGGAGUUGUAUCCGUUCGGCCCGGGACAAGGGGACACAGUAGUGGAGUUCAGCGACUUGGACGAUGGGACUUCUGACAGAAUCAACAUUCCAGCCGGCUUCCCCUUCUUCUACACCAGGCAUUCCAGGUUCUAUAUCGGUGUGAAUGGGCUGAUCAGCUUUGGAAGGCGCUACGGCAGCUACAUACCUGUACCGUUCCGUACCGGAUCCGGAAACACCAGGCCUGUGAUUGCUCCGUUCUGGGCAGACCACGAUUUGAGGAGGAGAGACGGCCAAUCCAAUGUGUUCUACCAAGAGUACAGGGGCAAGGUCGUGCGCCUACCUGCUAACAGCGGUGUAAGAGGCGUGAAUGCUGACGUCGCCGCACUCGCACAGAACGUGGUGACACGAGUAAUCAGUGACGUCACAGCGUACGCCGAUCUAAGUGACGACUUUGACCCGUCUUGGAUUGCUGUUAUAACCUGGUCGAACAUGACGGCAUAUCCGAGCGGAAGCAACCCUGACCAGACUGUAACACAUCAGCUCGUCCUCGCCACCGAUGGAGUGAAGUCCUUCGCCCUCUUCAACUACGGCGCCAUGAACUGGGAGCAGACAUGGCGGGAGGCUCGCCUGGGCUAUACGGCAGCUGACAGUAUCAACUUCUUUGACUCCAAGUACUCAGGCCUUCCCGAGAUCUUCAACAUCAAUGAGUUCGUUGGAAACACCGGUAUCCGCGGCAAGUGGUUCUUCCGUCUGGACGACCCAGCACAAGGAGAUGUGAACUACGACCAGUUGUGCCUCGGGUGGGCCGAUCUGCAGGAUGAGGCCCUGUUAGUGAACUUCACCUCAGACAGCCAACCCUGCCCGUGUUCCUGGACACAGGCCGUACGGGACAGACGGUUCCGUAUAAACUGGGACGACAUGUGCGCAGAACUUCGCUGGACAUCCCCGCUAGGAAUAGGCCAGAGAUGUUGUUACAGCGACGUUGAGGAUGAUCCUGAAGGUUCGGGCGCUCUUCUGCUCGGCUUCCCCGGAGGAGGUUCCGUCAUUCUGUACGACCCUAGAGUAGACGCCGAGCAGUACCAGUCGCAGGACCUCCUCCCCCGGACACACUGCUGCCUGCUGUCCCGGAACUGUGAACUGUUCUACCGAUACCGCCCGUCAGACACCUGCGAAAGAUACGACCCACCGAGAUGGGCUAUUGCACUAGGAGACCCUCACCUGACCACCCUGGACGGCAAGAGCUACACGUUCAACGGGCUGGGCGAGUAUCUGGUGCUCGAUGUCCCAGACGCCAUGCUGGUUGUACAGGGGCGAACCAGGAAAGCCGUCGAUGUGAAUGGCACGGAAACAAGGGCUACUAUCUUCAGCGCGUUUGUAGCCAAGCAAGGCAACUCGUCAACCGUUCAAAUAAAUCUUAAGGACGAUACAUCAGGAGUCGACGUUUACGUGGACCGUCAGAUGUUCAGCGGUUUUGCGGAUCUCGCGGCAGGCGACGCCGGCCAAGACUUUGACGACGUCACGGUGUCCAAAGGAACAAACGGAUCCGCCAUUGCCACGUUCUCCUCAGGAAUCGCCAUCGAGGUUGCUGUAGACGUCGGAAUAAUGGCCAUCACCGUGAUGGCUCCUCCCAAGUUCAAGGGAAACACCAAGGGUCUUCUGGGACUAUGGAAUGAUGACGUCACUGAUGACUUCACUCGACCAGAUGGAACCUCCAUUUCAAUCAACGCCUCCGACAGCGACAUCUACUAUUCCUUUGGUCAACUCUGGAACGUUAGCGAAGCAGACUCCAUCUUUUACUACGGAAGCCAGAGCUGGAGUGACUUUGCUAACUCAGACCCGGACUUCGUGCCGCUGCUGGAGGUACAGUUCGCCACAGAGGAACUGAAACAACAGGCUGAAGCGUUGUGCGGAGAUAACAAGGAAUGUCUGUUCGAUACUGCCGCAACGAGCGAUCUUCUGACAGGAGCUUCAACCGCCAAUACAGAGUCAAGAUUCGAGGAAGACACUUCGCUUAUCGCAAACUUCCCUCCUAACAUCUUCGGUCCGACGGUCGUCAACGCCACGGUUGGGAAAGAAGUCAGCUUCGACUUGACUGCCACAGACAUCAACAACGACACGGUUAGGUUCAGCGCACAGGGUCUCCCUGACAACGCUGUCUUCAAUAAUGCAUCAGCCAUGUUCAUCUGGACACCGUCUCGAAUCAACAGCUUAAACAUGAGUUUCACGGCAAGUGACGGCAAAGGCGGGACAUCCAUCCUGAGACCGACAGUCAACCUUUGCAAGUGUGAGAAUAACGGGAUAUGCGACUUCGACAACAUGGCGGACGACCAGAAUGUUGACUCUUUACUCCGGGUCGUAGCCUGCCAGUGUGGCCAAGGACUGGAAGGUACGUUCUGUGAAGUUGACAUUGAUGGUUGUGAAGACGACCCUUGCUACAUGGGAGUGAACUGCACGGACGUACCCGCUCCUGGUGUUGGCUAUACCUGCAGCGCAUGCCCAGACGGCAUGGAGGGCGACGGCACCAAAUGUCGUGACAUAGACGAAUGUACAAACGGCACGCACCAAUGCGGACCAAAGGCUCAGUGCAGGAACGAGAUGAUGAGCUACAGAUGCGAAUGUCCCUCUGGCUACAGACUCGAUGACAACAAGAGGAAUUGCUCAGACAUUGACGAAUGUGCCGAUGGUGUGAGCGGAUGUACGCAGCUCUGUAACAACACAGACGGGGGAUUUCAGUGUGACUGUUACCAAGGAUUCUUUCUGAAUGCCACCAAUAAUGUCACAUGUUAUCAAGACCAAGCGGCGAGGAAUGUUUGCGCGGUGUCUGUUUGUGAGAACUGCCGAGCUGAGAAUGACGUAGCAGUGUGCUUCUGUCCUUCUGGAUACAAGCUUGCCACAGACAACACCACUUGUGAAGACGUCGACGAAUGUGCUCCUGGAAACGAAGAACUGAACCGAUGUAGUCAGAAGAAGAACUGCCAGAACACAGUCGGUGGUCAUACCUGCUCUUGUGACAUCGGUUACCUGCUUGAGGAUGAUCUGAGGACUUGUACAAUAUGCCCAGAAGGGAAAUACGGUGUGGGCUGUGCCGAAAUCUGCGGUUGCAACCGUGGAGAGUGUAACGUGACGGUCGGCUGUGUGUGCCCUGCCGGCUGGAAGGGUGCCCAGUGCGAGGCGGAUGUCAACGAAUGCGACGAUGGCGACAUGUGUCGGUCCAACGAGACCUGUGUCAACAGGAUUGGGUCGUACGAAUGCGUGUGCAGCACUGGAUUUGCCGUUGACGAAAGCGGUACCUGUCAAGAUGUAGAUGAGUGUGUUGCCGGCCAUAACUGCCAUGUGCUUGCAAACUGCACCAACAUCGUGGGUUCCUUCACCUGCACGUGUGCCCCAGGAUACAUCGGUGACGGUGUGACGUGUGAGCCUGCCACAACACCGGCUCCGUCAACCACGCCCACGCCAUCCACAUCCAGCCAAUCCACAUCAGCACCAGCAUCUACACCAGCUGCACCAGCAUCUACACCAACAGCAUCUAGACCGACAGCAACAGCGUCUAGGCCAACAGCAACGGCGUCUAGACCAACAGCAACAACAUCUAGGCCGACAGCAACAGCAUCUAGACCAACAGCAACAGCAUCUAGACCAACAGCAACAGCAUCUACACCAACAGCAACAGCGUCUAGGCCGACAGCAACAGCAUCUAGGCCGACAGCAACAGCAUCCAGGCCGACAGCAACAACAUCUAGGCCAACAGCAACAACAUCUAGGCCAACAGCAACAGCAUCUAGGCCAACAGCAACAGCAUCUAGGCCUACAGCAACAGCAUCUAGACCAACCGGGUCUCAACAAACACAGCAAACUACUCCAACACAAGCACAACCUGCUGGAUCUUCGACAGCACAGCAAACUAUCACUACUCCACUUCGGGGCAGCACAACAGCCAAAACAUCUAAAACACCGACUGUCAGUCAGUCAAUCUCAACAGCACAAUCAACUCCAGCACAAUCAGUUGCAUCUUCAAGGGCACAGCAAACUGUCACUGCUCCAGUUCGGAGUAGCACAGCAGCUCAAACAUCUAGAACACCUACUGUCAGUCAGUCAAUGUCAACACCACAGCCAACUCCAGCACAAGCUUCUACGGCACGGCAAACUGUCACUACUCCGGUUCGGGACAGCACAACAGCUCAAACAUCUAAACAACCGACUGUCAGUCAGUCAAUAUCUACACCACAGUCAACUCCAGAGUCUCAAACUGCAGCAGCAUCGUCGACACCCUCUUCACAACCUACCACAGCUCCUGCUCAGACGACACCCGAUCCAGCUUCUACAGUUGUUGUUCCAACGGAGGUCACGCUGGUUCGGAACUUCACAGAGGAGCUGAAGAAUAGAACGCAUCCAGCGUUCAUAGACUUGGAAAACAAAGUCAAACUUGAGGUGGGCAAGGCAUACGAGAACAACCCGAACUUCCAAAGUGUCAUAGUCAAAGGCUUCCGUGUGGGAAGCGUCAUCGCCAGUUUCGACACGGUCUUCAAGAAAGGCCAAACGGUUCAAGACCCCGUGGAGGCAGUGGCACUUCUCAAGCAGUACAUCGACAACAACGGGGGAAAGCUGGGGGAUCUGCCCACUACUCAAGUUUCCUACGCUCCACCGGGUACGACUUCUGUGCCGAUCACUGACUGUGAGUGUGCCGUUGAAGUCAACUGUGUCAGCUACGGUGGAAAGUGCCUGGCGUUCUGCAGCCCUAACCCAGAGUACUGCCUGAACGGUGGAACAUGCAUGGACUCUAACACUGAAACACUCACCUGCCAGUGUACAUCCAGUUUCACCACGACCUACAGUGGUGAUAGAUGCGAGAGUAGAGGUACAGGUAACGUUGUUUACGCGGCAGUCGGGGCCGUCGCCGCCUUCCUCCUGCUUCUCAUCCUCAUCAUUGCCGCCACAAAGAACUGCUGGAAGAGAAAGAGCCAGCCACUCUCGGAUGACUCAUUGUACGCCAACCGUCGUGCCAUGAACUACGCCCCAGCCGGGUUAGAACGUGGUCUGAGAAGCACCAGUGCCGCCAAGUACAGACCGUCAGUCUACGAGUCAGGUCAAGGCGCUACUGUGGUGUACGACUUUUCUGGGAAAGGUAAGGCAGCUGGAUACCAGUACAACAACGUGGUCUAUGACAACGUGCGGGCCGCUCCUCAGGUGCAGAGCAGGCCUGACGAGGGAGCACACGUCUACCACAACCCGAUACACCAGGAGGAGCACCCGUACCAGUCGCUGGUCCGACCUCACGACAGGGGGUACCAGCAGCCAACAACAACCACUUUCACUGGGCAGCAGAAGAUCAACAACCUGCAACGGAAUGUCCACGUUAACCAGACUGCUGACGAUUCCCGCUUGUAGACCAAUGGGACGCUGCAGUGGAUUCGAUAUCGACCACAAUCGUUUGAAAUUUAAGGAGUUACGUUUACAUAUAUUUUGCAUAUAUCCGGAAACAAACAAUACUUUGUGUACAACAUAUAUUUACUAAUAGUUUCUCGUUGCUAGACGGAAUAUUAGAUGGUGAUACUAGUGCCUUAAGGUUAUUCAUGAGUGGGUUAUAUUACAGUUGAAUUACAUUACGACUAAGAUAAAAUCUUCUAUAAUUAUGUUUUCCUUUAUUUGUGGUGUUUACUAAAAAUACGUCUGAAGAAGACAAGUUUACCAUAUUUUCAAAUGAGAUUAUAUAUAUAGUAGUGAUUUAAAAGCUUUACGAUCAAAUCGCCUCUUUAACAACAAUAGCACUAAAUACACGUACCGACACAACAUAUCAAAUGUCAAGAAGUACUGCGCAAUUGUAUAUCUUUGAUAUCCAAAAUAAGAUAUGGUGACUAUAACAUAUUUUAAUGAUAAGACUGUAAAAUUUCUAACGCAUAUAUCUACAUAUACAUAUACAUUUUUCACAGAUAUACGUGUACAUAUUGAGAGAGGGUGAAAGAUAAGAGAUUGGGGAACAGAAAUGUUUAUGAUGGGGACAUAUAUAGAAGACUUAUUUUCUAUACAUCUAUAUGGUGUUCUAGCGUGUCUGCAGUGCCACUUGUAGCAAAUUACAAACGUACAAAAUUUUCAAAAUAUAUAGUCAAGAUAUAUAACACUGUGCAGGGAAACGCAUCCUUCUGUCAGGCAAAGUGUCAAUCAUGUACCGAUAUCAACAACUAUGCA